CAACAUUAUCUCCAUUACCUAAAAACAAUCAACAAUAAAUGUGCAUAAAGUGACAGUUAACAUGUGACGCGCGGCCAUCUUUAAAAGAAGAUGGCGUCGUUCAGCGUGUUCCGAUUCCUGGUGCUGCUGGCUGCUCUGGUGUGGAUCCUGGCGGAGGAGAGGAAUGUUACCAGGACUUACCCUUGGAGUAAUGGGAGCUGGUUCAACAUGGGCCUCCUAGAAUUCGAGAAAUGGUCAAACCAGCCAGACUUAUUCACGGAAAAGUCCCGAGUGUGUGCCAAACUCCAUGGUCUGACUCCUGGCCAGCGAAGGGUCUGUAGACGCCAUAAAGACCAUAUGCCUAUCGUCAGUUUGGGCGUGAAGCAGGGUAUCAAUGAAUGCCAGUAUCAGUUUCAAGGAAGAAGGUGGAAUUGCACUGUGACUGGGGAUGCCACUGUCUUUGGACCGUUAACUUUGAUUGCGUCACGGGAAACUGCCUUCACGCACGCGAUUACUUCGGCCGGCGUCUCUCUCUCCGUAUCCAGGGCUUGUCGAGAUGGUCGGCUGUCUAGUUGUAGCUGCAGCCGGGCUGCAAGACCUAGGAACCUGCACUCUGAUUGGGUGUGGGGAGGAUGCGGGGACAAUCUCGAGUAUGGCUACAAGUUUACAGAAGUAUUCGUGGACAUCAGGGAACGGGAGCGCAAGGUGAAGAGAGGCAGCCGGGAGCAGGGCAGACAGCUCAUGAACAGACAUAACAACGAGGCUGGGAGAAGGGCGGUGAUAGCAAAAUCCCGUGUAACUUGCAAGUGUCACGGCGUGUCUGGUUCCUGCAGUCUCAUCACGUGCUGGCAGCAACUAGCCACCUUCAGGGAAAUUGGUGAAUUUCUGAAAGACAAGUACGAAGGUGCAACCGAGGUAAAGGUUUCCCGGCGAGGCAAGCUGAGACUGAGCAAUCCUCAUUACACGCUGCCCACCGCCCAAGACUUGGUCUACCUUGAGGAGUCGCCUAACUACUGCGUUAAGAAUGAGACACUGGGAUCCCACGGCACAACAGGCCGCGAAUGUAACAGGACAUCAUCAGGCAUGGAUGGAUGUGCGCUAAUGUGCUGCGGUAGAGGCUACAACACUCGACGAGUGACCGUGAAGGAACGAUGUGGCUGCAAGUUCCAUUGGUGCUGCAGAGUAGAAUGCAACACCUGUGUCAGAACCACGGAGGUUUACACUUGUAAAUAGUAUUAAGUCGUUCGGUCUCGUCUCGUCAAUAUAAAUUGUACGUUUUCUUGUUGUCUUAUGGUAGUGAUACAACCUGGUCUGAAUCCUAUAAGUAAUUGCUGUUUUAAAUGUUGUAUCCCUUUCUAAAUAUUUGCAAGUAAAAGAAAACCAUUUAGUUGCAAAUAAGUCCCUUGUGGACCGCCAAUUAAGGGAUGAUUUAUAUUAGGCCGGGCCGUGUCCGGGGCGUGCCGUAUACAUACGUGGCUCGUACGGGGAACGGAUGUGAAACGUUACAUAUAUUUUGUAUGAAGCAGUUUAUAUUACACAGUGCAUGAUCCGUGGCCCGUCCGGGCCACAAACGACGCUCGUCUUUAGAAUUUCGUAAAAGCCCGGACACAGCAGGGCCUAAUAUAAAUCAUCCCAAAAACAAUUUUGAAAAUUAUACUAUUCUAGGUCUAGGCUGAUCUAUUUUAGACGCUAAAGUAGUCGGUCUAUAAUUUAAGUAAGGGCGUUUUUAAGGCAUUAUUAAGAAAAUUUUAUAGAUCUCAAUUAAUUGAUAAUUCAUCAUCAUAUUAAUAUUACAAGUAAAAAAUAGGCGUUUCGAGUAAGUAAGUUGUAAUAAGAAUCUCAAGUGUUUGUGUCAGUUAUUGUAAUGUAAAACAAAAAGUACUGCUCAGUAUUUAAUAAAUUAAAGUUUUAACUUUGCAUAAUGGUAGAUACAUAAUGUAUUAGCUAGUUGCUAACUAAUAUAAACAAACUUACAUUUUUUCUUCUUUUUGAAAUGCUACGCAUUUAAACCUGAAUGUUAUAAGAUUUUGAUGCUUAGUGUUACGCAGGCUAGUGUUUAACAGUUUUGUGAUAAAGCUUGAAGAGUACUUAACAAUUAAAUUAUUUUAAUUAUAAUACCUACCUAUACUAUGUUACAUAUACUUAAAUUAGUUUUGUUGCAAAAUAUGUAAUUUAAGAAAUAGUGUAACCGUUAAAUACUCAUUAGAUAAUGUGUAAAUAAAGCAUUUUAAGUACGGC